UUAUUACUUAUUUGCAUCUUAUUGUGACCUCUCUCGGCUCUGUUGUAUCACAUUCACACGUUUGUGGGGAUUUAGGGGAAAACCGACGAACCGGCAGAGCAGAUUCAAUAAACGUGGGCACUUCUGCGAUUUUGAUUCCUUUAAUUUGGUUUCUGCAGCUGAACUACUGAAUCCAAUUCAAUUCAUACACGGUGUAAUCGUUGGUUAUUGAGGAGGAAGAUGGCAGCUGCUUCGGUGGCAUUACUGGCUGUUCUUCUUGUUAUCUCGGCUCAUUUACCUCUGGGUCUCACUUUCUCGUCAACGGUGCCCGCUUUUCUAUGGUCGUCCCAUCUGGAUGGGAAGAAAGAAAUGGUAGAUUACAGAAUUCUCUCUCCAAGAGAUUUGGCAAAGUCUGCAAUGAAUGAAGGUGGAUGGUCAAAAUACCUGUGCUCAAGACAGGAAGCCCAACAGUCGAAGAAUUUUGCCUUUCUUUUCAUUGGAACAGAGUUACAAUCUGUGGAUAUAUCCAGGCCUUCAAAGACUGAUCCAGCUCUUAUAGACUUGCUCAAGGAUUCUUUUUCAAACUCCAGCUCCUCCUUGGCCUUUCCUUAUAUAGUUGCUGGAGAGGAGAAAGUGGCAAUAGAAAGCUCUUUCAUUUCAGAGUUUGCUGAUACUUGUCAGCAUAACUUUGAAACCAGCAGUGUUGCUUUAGUAGGGUCAUGUGCUGUAGAGGGUGAAAACUUUGAUAAAUUACGACAUUUUCAUUCAGUUCAUGACUACCUGUACUCUAGGACUGAGAAAGUAUCGGAUGGGCAUACGGAUCUCAUUGUGUUGUGCCCUGGAGGUUCUGAUCAACCACGUUCUGAGAGCAGCAUUCUUUCUCAACUUGUCAAUUCAGUGAAUCAGUUGGGUGCAAAGUACACAGUUCUGUAUGUCUCAGACCCACAUAGAUCUGCUGAGCAGCUGUCUUAUCGGGGACUAGAAAGAUUUCUUGCAGAAGGGUCUGUGGGAAAUGUAUCAGCCAAAGCUACACUUUGUGAUGGAGUUUGCCAGCUUAAGUCAUCACUCUUGGAGGGAAUUAUAGUGGGAAUUGUUUUGCUUGUAAUUUUGAUUUCUGGGCUGUGCUGUAUGAUGGGAAUUGAUACCCCGACAAGGUUUGAGGCUCCACAAGACUCUUGAUUAGCUACCUAGUAUGAAGGAUUGCUGUGUUUUUGGGUUAUAUAGCCCACCCUUGUAUUACUUGUUUACUCACGAGUGAACAAGCAAUAUUACAUUCUCUUUUUUUUUUUUGACAGAUGCAAUAUUACAUUCUCUGAUUGUGUGUACUAUUUUAUGUGGGUUUUGUUGGGAAUUGAAUAAUAGUGUAUUGGCUUCUGUCCAAUAGUUCCUCGAGUACGGAUGUAAAAUCAAAAUGUUUGCUCCUCUGUUUUGAUAUUUAUCCUCUUUGUAUUUAUCAUUAAAAUUAUUUCUUAUAUGAUAAAUUCCUUUUCUUGCCUA